AUGAGGAACCGGUGCGUCUGGCUCUUCCUGGGCCUGGUCUUUCUGGCCGUCAGUGUUUCCGGCGAGUCCCUGAUCGAGGUGGACGAGAAUGGUGACGAGUACGAGCUGAAGCGCUUUUACAUCCAGGGUCGCCAGCUGAAGGGCGAUGGCAGCCAGUCGCAGUGCGUCGUAACCCGAAGGAAGCGCUCGGGCAGGGCUCUCUCGGCGGGCACUAAGACCGGAGAGACCGGAGCGAGUGUCCAGGUCAGUUCGCAGACACUGAAUGUGGAGAGCUUGCCGGCGAUGAUGGAGCAUCGCGAGGGCGCCGCCACCCUCCAGGAGGUGAAUCCCAGCAAGAGGCGUUAUGUGGCUCUGACGGGAGUGCACUACGAGCCGCAUGUUCCCAACGACGAAGAGGAAAAUGACGAUGAAGAUGAUGAUGAGGAUCUGGAAGACGAGGCGGAGGCUGCUCUGGCUGGGCAGUCAUCGAAAUCCCAGUCGCCGUUUGUGCCCGCUGCCUUGGCCCUGCCUUUGGCUCAGGGCUCUCAGGCAUCCUCCCAGGGAGGAGCUGAAGAGCUGACCAGUUCCGCCCAUCUGCCCCUGGGCGUCAGCGUGGUGGCCAAUGCCGCCAGUCAUGCCAAUGUGGCCGAGGAUGCCGGCAUCGUGGUGGUCCAGUCCCAUCAGCCGCCCAAGGUUAAUCCCGACACGCAUGCUGUCUUCGAGCUGAAGCCCAUCCAAGCGGACGUCCAGCAACCGGCGGUCAGCUUCUAUCCCUUUGUGCAUCCCUGGGAGGCGGUGCUGCCCGAAGACGAGGAUGACUACGACGAAGAGGACUAUGACGAAGAGGACUACGAUGACUUCUACUACGGCGGUAAUGCCUACUACCGGGAUCAGCCGGGCUACGUCGGCCUGGGUGAGUACGACGAGCACAUUGUCAGCGAGGACAGCCCGAUGUCGACCACGGCGAUCUGGAGCACUGACGCCGACGAUGGCGACAUCCAUCCCGUGAUCAAUCAGCCCAACAAGCGGCCGAAUCAAAAUAAGAAAAAGAACAAGAAUAAGAAUAAGAAUUCGAACAAGAAGAAUCCGAAGCGGAAGGCUCAGAAGAACAAGAAGCGAGUGCCGCAGAAGAAACGAAAGGAGGAGAUGGAGGACGACCACGAGCUAAUGACGCAAAAGAGGAAAAAGAACAAGGAGCAGAAGGAGAAGGAUCACAAGAAGAAGCAGGACAAGGAGCAGGGCCAGGAGUUGCAGCAGGACCAAAUGGACCAGAGUCCCGUAGAUGUUAUCAAGAAGCCAGCGGCUGUCGCAUCUUCAAGUGCACAGUCUUCCAUCAGCAGCAGCAGCAGCAGCGGCAGCAGCAGCAGUAUGUCUUCUGCCAGCAAUUCUUCUGGCAGCAAUUCUUCGGUUGACAAGAAAAAGAAGAAGAAGAAGAAGCCCAGCAGCAGCAGCAGCAGUAGCAGCAGUAAGCGCAGGACCAAGAAAAAGAAGAAGCAGAGCAGCAGCAGCAGCCUCUCCAGUGGCAACCGACGUCGCCGUCCCAGCAGCUCCAGCUAUAGCUCCGCUGGGUACAGUGGCUCCAGCUCCAGUUCCUCCAUCGGCGGCUACCGUCGCCGGCGGCCACAGCUGACGCAGCAGCAGCGGCGGCGCCGCAAGCAGCAGAACACCAGACGCCGCCUGCAGCAGCAAAAGCGCCGGAGGAACCGCAACAAGAACAGGCAAUUCUACGGCAACGAGCCCAUCAUCAAUUGCAUCUACAUCAACAAGGAUCCGCCGACGACCACCACUCCACGUCCCUUCUGGAACAUCCUGGGACGUCAGUCGGACGACCAGAACGCCAAGGCUGCCCAGGCCCCUGGUCAGGAUACCGCCGCCGUAGAGCCUGUGGAUCCCGUGGCAAAGCAGGCCGUCAUGCAAGCCGUGCGACGCAACUUUGGCGAGUUUGGCGGUCGCAAGCGCACCAACCUGCGAUUCGUGUCCUAG